AGCCUGAAGAGGGCGCUCCUCCACUAAGCACGUAGAGGAGGGAGAAGAACGUGGGCGAGGCAGGGAAGUACAGCGUAUAGAGCAAAAGGGGAAGGGAAUGACGUAAGCGUCCCGCUCGGCAGCCCGGAGCCUAUGGCAUCGUCCCAGCUCCGAGUUUUUCAGUGGAAGGGGUGGAGCCGGAGGGGUGACGAUCUGCCUGGUUGUGACUGGGUGGUGAGGGGCUCGGAAGAAGGGCAGCCUCCGCAAUGGUUUAUAUCUCGAACGGUCGAGUGUUGGAUAGUCGUAGUUCUUGGAGCAUUUCAUCUAUAACUGAAUUGUUUUGGGGAGUAGUAGACUUUGUGAUUCUGUAUAUCCAGAGCAUCAUUAACCCACAUGUGGUAAGAAGAGGCAAUGUAGCUUCCUCCUUCUCAGGAUAUGAUGAUGGAAGAGGUCCUCCUGGAUUUCCUCGCCGUAGAAUGGGUCAAAUAAAACACUUUGGUGGAGGUCCAGCUCCACCACCAAUGGGUGGAGGUGGAUGAGGAAGGUAAAUGCCUGCUCUAAGAGGCAGGCAACUGGACAUACAUAUUUGCAAGAUUGAGAAGACCUCCUGAGGGCUGGACCAAAUGAGUCUGCAGGUUGUGAAUAUGUGUGUCUAAAUGAAACACUGCUCUGCAAAGUAGCAGAACAAUGAAGUUGUGCUGGGAAUUCCGUCUUCCAGGAUCCAGUAUAACUGAAAUGCAGUUCUAUUAAAUUAAUUGCACCUGUUUUACUGUGUCUUAAGCUUUUUUGUAUAGUUUGUGAAUAUUUUGUUUUAGCUGUAAAGUUAUAAAUAUAUAGCUUUACAAAA